UGGCCGACGGCUUUGGCUGCUGCAGCCAGAAAGAAGCAGUGAAGGAAACAGUGCGGCAGUUUGAGGACGCUCUCCUGCUAACAGUUUGUGUUUCUGCUCGUUAAUCGGAUAUUUAAUCCCGCACGCAGCCGAGCCGAGAGGUGAAGCGUUUCCUUGGCGCCGCCGUGGAUCUGUGCAGGUGGAGGGUCACAUCACAUGGGAGUGUGCGACUGCACGCGUGACGGUGUGUGUUUAGGCCUCCUGCCGUCACUCGCUCCUCCCAGACAGGCAUGGCGGGGGGCAGGGAGCGCAGCGGCUCGAGGACGCAGAGGCCGUGGUCGGUGUACCGAGCCAACACGCUGGAGCUGUCCAACGAGAUGAUCAGCUUGGCGCUCGCAGGAAAUAGUCAGGACCCAGAUGAACCUGUGCUGGAAUUCAGUGUGGCAUGCACAGACCUGGUGACUCCUUCUCUGGACCGAAAACCCAACACCUUUGUAGCAGUGAGCUGCACGACGCCGCCGCAGGUCUUCUGGACCAAACACGCCCAGACUGAAGUCAUAGAGGGUACCAGUAACCCCAGCUUCCUCAGCAGCAUUGCCUUCUUCCAGGACUCCAACAUCAACCAGCUGACGCAGGUCAAACUGGCUGCGUAUGAUGUGAAGGAUCGCUCGCAGGGCACGAUGUACAUGUUGGGCUCUGCACUUUUCCCUGUGAAGGAGAUACUGCAAGAGAAGAGCCACAAAUUACAGCUCGAACUGCGAUCAGCAGAGAACCAGCGGGUAGGGAACAUCACUGUGGCGGCGUGGCAGAUGGAGGAAAGAACAGAUCAGAGGAUGUCGAUGGGACGUCUGCCAGAAAGUAUCAACGGCCGGACGGUGCUGCCUGUCGACGAGAGCCUGACGGAGUCGAUGGGAGUCCGAAUCAAGUACGCCUCGUUGUGCAAAGAUACCCUGCUGCGCUCAGUGUUUGGCGGCACGAUGUCGAGGAUGUACCGCUUCCCCACCACUGAUGGGAACCACCUACGAGUGCUGGAGCAGAUGGCCGAAAGCGUCUUGUCUCUAAACAUUCCCAGACAGUUUGUCAAACUGCUGCUGGAGGAGGAUGCAGCCAGAGUUUGUGAGUUGGAGGAGUUGGGAGAGUUGUCCCCCUGCUGGGAGAACCUGCGGCGGCAGAUCGUCUCUCAGUACCAGAACAUAAUACUCGCUUACCAAGAGACACUGUCUGACCUCAGUGAAUACAGAGGCCCAUCAUUCAAAGCCAGUAACCUGAAAGCAGACAAGAAGCUGGAGUUCAUGCCCACUAACCUUCACGUUCAGAGGAUGAGGGUGCAGGAUGAGCUGGGUUUUGAACAGACAUAUGAUGUGGUAACAGUCGGCGCCCCGGCCGCUCACUGCCAGGGUUUUAAGAACGGCGGUCUGAGGAAGAUCAUCCAGAAGUUCGAGGAAGCAAAGAAACACGUAUAUGAGGAGGAAUGUAGCGCCCUCUCCAGCUCUCAGUCCAUCAUCUACAUACCCCAGGACAUUGUCCGAGCCAAAGAGAUCAUCGCCCACAUCAACACGCUGAAGACUCAGGUCAGCUACUACGCAGAGAGGCUGUCUCGAGCUGCCAAAGACCGAUCGGCCAGCGGACUGGAGUGGACGCUCGCCAGUCUGGCUGAUAAGACCCGUCAGCUGGUGACAGUGUGCGACUGCAAGCUGCUAGCUUCAGCUAUUCAGGCCCUGAACGCAGCGCGGCCCGAGUACAUCGCCUCCAAAGCGUCUCCUUCAGCUGAGUCCGAACAAGUAGUGCUCCGCAACGACCAGGACACACUGACAGCAAAGUACAGCGGUCGCAACAGCCGGUCUUCACUGCAUGUGGACUGGCACGAAGAGGAAUGGGAGAAGGUGUGGUCAAAUGUGGAUAAGUCUCUGGAGUGCAUCAUCCAGCGCGUCGACAAGCUGCUUCAGAAAGAGAGGAGACCCAGCGUCGGCAGUCAGGACAGUACCCAGAGUGACCAGCAGGGUGGCAGCAGUAAGAAAGGCGAUGGUGGGAAGUGUUUAGCUUUCUGGAUCAACCCAGAAAGUAUGUCAGAGGAAUCUCCAUCCUUACCACCACCAUCAUCAUCAUCAUCAUUAGAACCACCUCCACCAUCAUCAUCAUCUCCACCACCAUCCUCUUCCUCUCAGCUUGCCCUCUCCUCUGCACGGCCUCCCAGCCCCGAACAGAAAACCUAUGGAAGCCCCAGUGCUGAGGAGGCGUAUCCAGGCGAGUGGAGCGAGGCACUGUACCCUCUCCUUACCACGCUCACGGACUGCGUUGCCAUGAUGAGCGACAAAGCCAAGAAGUCUAUGGUCUUCCUGCUCAUGCAGGACACCGCCCCGACGAUAGCCAUGGACGUGUCACUGCAGUACCGCCGCGACAUUGUCUUCUGCCAAACGCUCACCGCUCUCAUCUGCGGCUUCAUUAUCAAGCUGAGGAACUGUCUCCGUGACAACGGAUUCCUGCGACAGCUCUACACCAUCGGCCUACUUGCUCAGUUUGAGUCCCUGCUCAGCACCUACGGAGAGGAGCUCGCCAUGCUGGAGGACAUGAGCAUCGGCAUAAUGGAUCUACGCAACGUCACCUUUAAGGUCACCCAAGCAACCGGCACCUCCACCCCCGAGAUGCUGCCGAUCAUCACAGGUAACCGGGAUGGCUUCAAUGUCCGCAUCCCGCUGCCGGGGCCCAUGUUCGAAGCCCUGCCCCGAGAGAUCCAGAGCGGCAUGCUGCUGCGGGUGCAGCCGGUGCACUUCAACGUGGGAAUCAACGAGCAGCAGACGUUGGCCGAGAAGUUUGGAGACACAUCCCUGCAGGAGAACAUAAACUCUGAGAGUCUCUCCAGACUGAACUCGUACUACGAGCAGUUCAAAGAAGUCCUGCCGGAGGACUGCCUCCCGAGGUCUCGCUCUCAGACGUGCCUUCCUGAACUGCUCAGGUUUCUCCGGCAGAAUGUCAACGCCAGGAAAAACAAGAACGUAGACAUCCUGUGGCAGGCUGCGGAGAUCUGCCGGCGGCUGAACGGCGUUCGCUUCACCAGCUGCAAGAGCGCCAAAGACCGCACCGCCAUGUCCAUCACGCUGGAGCAGUGCCUGAUCCUGCAGCAUGAGCACGGCAUGGCGCCGCAGGUCUUCACGCAGGCCCUCGACUGCAUGCGCAGCGAGGGCUGUAGGCGAGAAAACACUGUGAAGAACGUCGGAUGCCGAAAGUACGCGUUUAACUCGCUGCAGCUCAAGGCCUUCCCCAGACACUACCGACCGCCCGACGGCACCUUUGGCAAAGUGGAGACCUGACUGGAGGAGAUCAGAGGACUGCUAUGCGAUCAAACUGAGUACAGUGAAGAUACUGUGAUGAGAGACUGUAUAAUUUCACCAUCAUGUGGCCUGGUUCCUGCUGUAGAGGUUUUAGAUUAGAUUAUCGUGGAGGUAGACUGAGUGACUGAAUGUCACACUAACAAACAGUAGCUCCGUCCUGAAAAAUAAAGACGAAAAACCACCUUAGUGGAAUGACUGUUUUUAGGUACUGUACACAUUGCUUAGAAAUGUUUUUAUUUUUUAUUAUAGAAAAGCACUGCCUCACUUCCACUUCCAGUACUGAUGUAAUCGAUAUGAAGGAUGCAUAAUUUCUGUUCUACAAUAAAGAUGAAGAAUAUCAGAAAA